AUAUCUGCAAUUUUGUUUUUCCCCCAAUCUCUGAAUCUCUCUGUUCUUCACCAUCAUGCUCUCUCGUUUAUUCCUUAGACCUUCGAAUCUCCGUCUCGUAACACUAGUUUCAUCCAAAUCAAACUCUCAGAUCUUCUCCUCGUUUAUACGCCCGCUUUCCACGAACACUAGCGGCGGCGGAAAUGGCGACGGGAAUGGGCAUAAUCGGAAUGACGUUCCGUGGAGCUUUUCUGGAGUGAAAGAUGAUAAGUCCGAUCCUUUCUCUUCCGAUGAUUCCUGGGCUUCCUCCGGAGUUGCAGGAUUCGGCUCAGCUGGUGGAGAGGGCAAGAGGCCGGAGGAGCCAAAGCGAUGGAACAUGAAGGAGGAAGAGGAUAAGGUUGUGUUCGAUACGGGAGAAGAAGUGGCACAAGGGAGUGAAAGUGGCCGCGAGAGGAGAUCCAAUGACUUGGAGGAGAGUAAGCGGUGGAAUUUGAAGGAAGGAGAUGAGAAAGUCGUGUUCGGUACUGAAGGUGAGGAGGCGAAUGGUUUUGGAACUAGGGGCGAUGUGAAAUCAAAUGAGUGGGAUGGAUCUAAGCCAUGGAAUUUGAAGGAGGAAGAUGAUAAGGUCGUGUUUGAUACCAGCGGAGAUAUGCCGCUUAGCUUUGACACCGGCGUGGAAAACGCGGAGGAAGAGCGUAGGAAGAAGGAGGUGAUUGAAAAGGAGGAGAAAGAGCUCACUGAGAUUAUCAAAGGUCCUGAUCGAGCAUUUGGAGACCUUAUUGCUAAGUCAGGUAUAACAGAUGAAAUGCUUGAUAGUUUAAUAGCCUUGAAGGAUUUCCAAGGGAUCCCAGGAUUGCCUCCUCUGACUGAGAUUGAAAACCUGCGCCGUGAGAAGAGUUCAAAGAAGUCCUCAAGAGCUGAGAUAGAACUCCAGAUGCAAGAGGAGAUUGCUAAGUCACGGGUGAGACAAGUGGAUGAAACGGGGAGAGCCUAUGGAACCGGAAGAAGAAAAUGUAGCGUAGCUCGUGUCUGGAUUAUACCUGGGAAAGGAAAAUUCCUUGUUAAUGACAAAGAGUUCGAUGUCUAUUUCCCUAUGCUUGACCAUCGUGCUGCUCUUCUCCGCCCACUCGCUGAGACCAAAACCUUAGGUAGUUGGGAUAUUAAGUGCACUGUGAAAGGCGGUGGAACUACAGGUCAAGUUGGAGCUAUUCAAUUGGGUAUCAGCAGGGCGUUGCAAAACUGGGAACCAGAUAUGCGAACAGCACUUCGAUCUGUUGGUUUUUUGACAAGAGACUCGAGAGUUGUGGAAAGGAAGAAACCUGGUAAAGCUAAGGCAAGGAAGAGCUUCCAAUGGGUCAAGCGUUAAAUCCGAAAAUGCGUACGAGAUUUUUUUCUUCGUCUCCAGUCCCGGCUCUAUCCCAUGGCGGGAGGCGACCACCCUAGGUCCAACACUGUUAUGUUCUGGCUAGAGAGAAGCAGCCGAUGCUGGGCCUCAAUAAGUGAUGCACUUCUAUACAUUCAUUAACCUGAUGUUGUUUUGAGUAUUUUACCUCCUCAUGAAACACUUAUCGAAGAAACAGUGUAUUGAAUCUCUUUCUUAAAUCUCUAUUCUCUCUUCUCUCGU